AAUGUUGUUUGGUUGUGGUAGUAAAUAGUAAAAUUAUAACCUAGGCUUCAGUAGGAUGUAAACUGCUGGGUUGUUAAAUUUCACCGGGUUUUCUCACGAAUGCAAGUAGUUUAUAUUGUAGUUAUUUUAGUUGAGAUAUUUAUUGACUCAAUUUUAAUAACUGUUUGAUAUAACUUCGUAUUUAUUUUUAUAUUAACUUUUAAUCUAUUUUUUGGAGGUUAUAUUAGGUCUAGACCAAUUAUCAAAGCUGCUACAAUGGUUGUGAACCACUACUACCGCCAGCCGGGAGUGACUAGUGGAGCUCUCUCACGGAAGCUGCGAGAACUGAAAUCUUUGUCACCACUGGUGGAGAGUCUCUCAUCGGAGCUAUGUUACAAUGUUGAAUUGCGAGAGCCACUUAGUACAGCUGACGAAGCCAAGCUGCGCUGGAUCUUGUCAAACCCUCUUGACCCUGACGGGCUGAAGACAGAGCCUCAAUUGCAUGGUCAGCGAUUCGGCAGUUUGCUGAUUGAAAUUGGCCCAAGGUUGAACUUCUGUACAGCACUGUCAAGUAAUGCCGUGUCCAUCUGUCGCUCAGUGGGACUCGCCCAAGUGUCACGGCUAGAGGUGUCCAUCCGUUACCUUGUCCACUGGCAGAUGGAUGGGCUUGAGAUAAGCCAUGCUUUGGAAAGUCAGUUGACUGGAGCCCUCCAUGAUCGAAUGACAGAGUGUCGAUACUUGGAGCCCAUCCAAAGUUUUGACCAUGGUAUAGUGCCAGAGCCAUGGUUCACUGUCGACAUUCUGGGCCAAGGCAGAAAGGCUUUGGAAGAUGUCAACUCUAAACUAGGCCUUGCGUUUGAUGAUUGGGAUCUAGAGUUUUACACUGAGCUGUUCUCUCAGAAACUGAAGCGUAAUCCUACAAGUGUGGAGUGUUUUGAUCUUGCUCAGUCAAAUUCAGAGCACAGCCGCCACUGGUUUUUUAAGGGGAAAAUGAUUAUCAACAAAACAGAAAUGCCAGAAUCUUUAUUGGAUAUGAUUAUAAAGACUCAAACUACUUCCAACAAGAACAAUGUGAUAAAGUUCAGCGAUAACAGUAGUGCCAUAGAAGGCUUCACAGUCGACAGAUUGAGGCCUAGUACUGUAGAUACUGCCAGCAAGUAUGCCAUUAAUGAGGCAAAAUCUCACAUUGUCUUCACUGCAGAGACCCACAACUUCCCUACAGGAGUGGCACCUUUCAGUGGGGCCACGACAGGCACAGGUGGUCGGAUCAGAGAUGUGCAGGCAGUGGGCAGGGGAGGUCACUGUAUUGCAGGCACAGCUGGCUACUGCGUUGGCAAUCUAUUCAUUCCAGAGUACAAGCAGCCGUGGGAGGACUCGCAUGAAGAGUACCCAGCCAACCUGGCAUCUCCUCUGGAGAUACUAGUAGAGGCUAGCAAUGGGGCAUCUGACUACGGAAACAAGUUUGGUGAGCCAGUGGUGUGCGGAUUCACUCGAGCGUUCGGCCUAGUGGACUCAGCCGGUGAGCGCAGGGAAUGGGUCAAACCCAUCAUGUUCAGUGGAGGUGUGGGUUCCCUGGAUGCUGAGUUCAUUACCAAAGAGUUGCCACAGAAAGGUAUGGAGGUAGUAAAGGUCGGGGGCCCUGUGUACAGGAUUGGUGUGGGCGGAGGAUCAGCCAGCUCUGUUCAGGUACAAGGUGACAACCAAUCAGAACUGGAUUUUGGUGCGGUGCAGCGAGGAGAUGCAGAAAUGGAGCAGAAGAUGAACAGGGUUAUCCGAGCCUGCAUUGAAUGCCCAUCCAGGAACCCAAUCUGCAGCCUACAUGACCAAGGGGCUGGUGGCAAUGGUAACGUGCUGAAGGAGUUGGUGGAGCCUGCAGGGGCUGUAAUAUUCAGCAAAAAUUUCACCCUAGGAGACCCCAGUAUCAGCACAUUGGAACUAUGGGGUGCAGAAUACCAGGAAAACAAUGCACUGCUGUGCCGAUCCAACCACAUUCAGCUUCUGCAGCGGAUAGCUCAGAGAGAGCGCUGCCCUAUUUGCUUUGUUGGAACUGUUACAGCUAAUGGCAGGGUUAUUCUGUCAGAAGAAGAGAAGCCUGAUCCAGCCAAAUACCUCGACAGCAACUACAACUGUGAGGGUGAACGUCAUCCCUUCAACCUGGAUCUUGAGCUAGUGUUGGGGAAGAUGCCUCAGAAGGUGUUUGUAAUGGAGAGACAGCCAUUAGUGGUACAGUCUUUGAGUCUACCAGUGGACAUGCCGGUGAUGUUGGCUCUCCAGAGAGUGUUACGGCUGGUUAGUGUGGGGAGCAAGAGAUUCCUAACCAACAAGGUUGAUCGCUGUGUUACGGGACUGGUGGCCCAACAGCAGUGUGUAGGUCCACUGCACACUCCCCUCAGUGAUGUUGCAGUCACUGCUCUGUCAUACUUCGGCGUGGAAGGAGUAGCCACAGCCAUAGGAGAACAGCCCAUCAAAGGUCUCGUGAACAGUGCGGCUGGUGCACGGAUGGCAGUGGCUGAAUCCCUCUCAAACCUGGUGUUCGCUCACAUCACUGAACUGCAGGAUGUGAAGUGUAGUGGUAACUGGAUGUGGGCGGCCAAACUGCCGGGGGAAGGGGCAGCUCUGUAUGCUGCAUGUCAGGCCAUGUGUCAAGUUAUGGCUCAGCUCGGUAUCGCUGUUGAUGGUGGGAAGGACUCACUGAGCAUGGCUGCUAGGAUUGGCUCCGACACCAUCAAAUCCCCAGGAGCCUUGGUGGUGUCCAGCUAUGCCCCUUGUCCAGAUGUGAGGCAGGUCAUCACUCCAGACCUGAAGGCCCCAGGCUCAGGUUGUCUCCUGCUGGUGGACUUGUCCGGACGUGCCAGGCUGGGAGGCUCUGCCCUCGCCCAGUGCUACUCACAGCUAGGAGAUACAAGCCCUGACCUCGAUGAUCCGCAACUCUUUAAAAGAGCUUUUGACUGUACACAGAAACUGAUAUCAGAGAACAAACUCUUAUCUGGUCAUGACAUCAGUGAUGGAGGCCUGAUUACAUGUCUACUGGAGAUGUGUUUCGGUGGCAUAACAGGCAUAACAGUGGAUGUCCAGCACCGAACACGUGGCGCAGAUAGCCCUCUGGACACACUGUUCGCUGAGGAGCUAGGCUGGGUACUAGAGGUAGACAGGGAACACGCCAAGUAUGUCCAGCAAGCCUUCCGAGAGAGUAAUGUUCCAUGCCUCUUCCUAGGUGAAACCGGCAAGCUCGGCAUGAAUGCUAAGGUAACAAUCCUGAAUGGCAAGGAGAUAUUGUUGGCAGAGACCGUCCUCACGCUGAUGCGUCUGUGGGAGGAAACUAGUUAUCAGCUGGAAAAGCGUCAAACCAACCCUGACUGUGCUCGGAGAGAGUUUGAGUCUCUCGCUUCAAGAACAGGCCCCAAGUACAAACUGACUUUUGAGCCCACACCUAGCAAACCACUUAAUCAGGGUCCCAGAGUAGCCGUGUUGCGAGAGGAAGGCUCUAAUGGUGAUAGAGAAAUGGCAGCAUCUCUGUUCAUGGUGGGCUUUCAAACAUGGGAUGUCACUAUGCAAGACCUCAUAGAUAAGCGAGUCACAGUCGAUCAGUUCCGUGGAAUAAUUUUCCCCGGAGGCUUCAGCUAUGCAGAUGUCUUGGGCUCAGCUAAGGGAUGGGCAGCCAGUCUAUUGUUCAACCCAGAGUUGAAGGCUCAAUUCGAGUCGUUCACAGCUCGUUCUGACACAUUUAGUCUUGGAGUCUGCAACGGUUGCCAGCUCAUGAGUUUACUUGGCUGGAUUGGCUUACCUGAGAGCAAGAAGAAGCCUGAUGUUGUGUUGGAGCACAAUGUGUCAGGGAGGUUCGAGUGUCGCUGGUCCACAGUCCGUGUAGAGACGUCCCCAGCAAUUCAUCUGCAGGGCAUGGCUGGCAGUGUACUGGGGGUGUGGGUAGCCCACGGGGAAGGACGGUUCACAUUCCGAGAACCUAAAGUGCUGGAGGAGUUGGAGGAACGCAGCUGUUUGGCAGUCAAGUACGUGGAUGACAACAAUAAGCCGACAGAACUUUAUCCUCUUAAUCCUAAUGGGAGUGUUGGAGGGGUAGCGGGGAUAUGUUCUGUUGACGGUCGGCACCUAGCCCUGAUGCCUCACCCAGAGAGAAGCACACUACUGUGGCAGCAGCCCUACUCUCCUCCCCAGUUUGCUCAACUACAGGCCGCUCCCUGGCUGCGGCUCUUCCAGAACAUGUUACAGUGGUGUGUUGACAACCCGUCCAACUGAUAGUGCAGUAAAAUUAGCCUCGUACCUUGAACUUCAAAAGAAGAAAGAUCUGACUGCUUGUUCACAAUUCUUAGCUCUAAAUGGUAAAUGGCAGUAAAAAAUCUUUGUCAAUAGAAUAUUAUAUUUGGGAAGAAGGAGAGAAAGCUGAAUAAUUAAGACUAUUUUUUGCACUACAAAUAGCUCAAGAUGUUGUAUAGAGCAUUUUGUAUACAUAGUUUUAAAAUUACUUACAUUUUAAACAAAAUUGAUCCUAUAUAUUUUUAAUGUGAUUAAUAAUUUUGAGCUUUGAAGUAGGAAAACAUAUGCUAUUGUAAAAAUUUUGCUAUUUUUGGAGUCACUUGCUGCAGAUAUUAUUCUUUUAUAAAUAUAAAAGAUAUAUUUCAUCUUCCUGUGUACUUAUAAUUAUGAAAAUUGAAGUUUAUUUCUCAGUUUUAUAUCUUUUUUGACUUUAUUAAAAGAGCAUAUUUGUUUUUCUUGUGUUGAGAAAACUGAACGACAGUCUGUAAAGGCAGAAUGUCAAACAUCUUCCAUGUCUAAAAUCUUGCUGCGAUGAUUGAAUGUUAUGAAUUCAUCCAACUAUUUACCUUUACAAGGGACAUGAGCUUUGAGGUUCACUUGAGAGGAGCAAGAUAAUUUAGGGCCCUGGUGUACCUUGCAUUCAAUUGCGUUUAAGCUUCAUGUAAAUAGGAAUAGUAACUGUUCCAUAUUUUUUGUAUUUUCUAGAAAGUGUCUAUCAAAAGGUUGGAGACUUCCACUUUUACAUACACACUGAUGAUGAGUGAAUCCUUCCCAAAGAGGCCUAAUUUUUUUGUCUUCAGGUCUUCUUACGUAACUAUCUUUUCUAGGUACACCCCUGUCCUUUAUUUUUACAUUUAUAACCCAGGUUCAAAUUCUGUUCGAGACCAUACUACUUUUUAUCAGUACCAUCAAUCAUUUACUCUAUUGACUUUCCUUUUUAUUCUGUUUCAUAAGAUUCUCGCACAGGCCAGUGGGCCAUGAGGAUUGGCAGAAUAAGACGUAAAAGUGGAUUGGCCUCUCCUUAAAAAAAAUAUUUGCUAAUCUUGUAAAAAUUUAAUGUACUUUAAAAGUUAUAUAACCUAAAACAGUCUGGAUGAUAGUUUUAAAGAUAUUUGCAAAAAUAGUAGAAAGCAUACUAAUUUUACACAUUUUGUAAUUUACCUACCUGCCCCAAAAUUGUUUAUCCCACUUAGAGUGAAGGAUAAUUAAUAACUUUGAUCAGUCAGAUCUUUCUUCUUUAGGAGUUAAGGAUUUGGGUAUUUUUUGUAAUGGGUGGUCCAAAAUAACCUGACAGUUGUCGAAAUGAAAUAAUGUUACACGAAUUAAUACUUAAAAUGUAUUAAAGUGGUCAAAGUAAGUACAUAGUUACGCCAUUAUCAUUUAUGGAAUAUAACAUCACAUAAAUGUUCCCCACCAACAUCCACACAGUCUGUAAUCUUUUCUGAAAAUUUGCUUUACUCAUCUUACCAUGUAUUGCAACAACUUUAUUUCUAAUGCAGUUCUUGAAAUCAGCAAUGGUGUGAGGUUUCGUAACAAAAACUUUGCUCUUAAGAUAGCCCCACAAGCAGUGAGAUCCGGAGACCGGGCAGGCCAUACUACAUCCCCAAAACAUUAAUUGAGAUGUCCCAGGAACAGUUUUUGUAAGAGAGUCAUUGAGACAUCUGCUAUGCGUGCAGUCGCUCCAUCUUGCUGGUACCAUAAUGUGUUCAUUUCUAUUCCCAACUGUUGCAAUUGUGGAACUAAGAAGUUCUGAAUCAUUUCAAUGUAACGUUCCUUUUAUUCAGAGUAACUCUUUCACCUUUUGAUUUUCAAACAAAUAAGGGGCAAUAAUAGUAACACGUGGAACAGUGACUUUUUCAAUAUGCAGAGGUCGUUGAUGGAUUUCCCUAAGAUUUCUUUUGACCAGUAACAACAAUUUUGCAUGUUUACAUCACCAUAAAGCUCAAAAUGAGCUUCAUCAAACAUUGUUGCAAUUCACAAAUACUGCAAAAUGUUUCUAUGAUUAAUAGGCUUUCACACAAAAAUAGUUCUUCAAGAUCAGCAGUAUUGAGUUUUUGUGUAACUACUAAUUUGUAGGGAUGAGGAUUCAUAUCACAAUGUAAAAUUUGUUGUGAACUUGUCUUUAAAUCUCCUAAUGCAGCAGAUUGCUUCUGGGUUGAUUGAUUUGAGCUUUGCAGAACAGAUACACGCACAUUCUCAACAUUGUAUUCCUUUUAAUAUUAUUCCUACGAGUAACAGAUCCAUGACAAGGAUCUUGAAAUUUGUUACAAAAUAACCGUUACGUAGCAGUCACACACUCGUUAUUUUUAAAGAAAGCUUCAUUAACAAAAGCACGAUGUUAAACUAUAAUUAGACUAUACAAUGAUAGUUUAUUGAAAUGUUUAUUAUUUAGUCUUUAUUAGCAUAGUUUUUUUUUUUUUAAUAUUUAGUUUUUGUUAGAAUAGUUUUUUAUAUAAUCUAUGUUUUAGGUUUAAAUUUUGUAAGAUUUGAAGAUAACUUGAAUGAAAUUUUCUACUGAUAUUUCAUUGCUAGUCAUUUAAAAGAUCUGGAACAAUCUAAAUGCUAGUUUCAUAUAGGAUUUUAAAUUUAGAAUUAAUUAUUGCACCUAGAUUAGAGAUCUAGAAUUCUCUAAUUUCCGUCCCCUGCCAAUCAUGCAGUGUUGCAUUAACUAGAUAUCUAUGGUAAAGAAAACAUGAGGUUCGUUUUUUUAGUUCAGCACAAAGUUGAAAGUAAUUUAGAAAAAGAAAUUUGUAGCAGUGGACUUUAAACAAAACUAAUCACUGCACAAUUGAUUAGUCGAAUCCACUUAGCUACUAUUGUGUAAAUCAUUCUCAAACAUUUUCAGUUAAUUUAUGGUGUUAUAUAUCAAGUCCAAUUAAAAGUUUUGUGUGUUUUUAUUUGCUCUCUAUAAAGUAAUCAAUUUGUUCAUUUUAAUAAACAGAUUAAGCAUUUAUUAAUAUCUAACUACAAAUUUAUAUCUUUUUGUACUGCAGUAAAAUUAUAAGCUGCUCCAACUUCACGAAUAACAAAUGUAGGUCCAUAAAUAUUAUAGAAAUAUAUUUCCAUUGUGAUUUGAUUUUAAAUUGAUGAUAAUUUCAAUUUGACACUACCAAAUCAUUAUAAAUUAGCCCUAUAUCGACUUGUUAAUUUUUAAGGAGAAGGGAUUUAAGUCAAAUAUAAGAGAUUUUGCGUUUAUCCUUGCAAAAGACAAUAAUAUACAUUUUCAGCCCACUCUUCUAUUUAAAUUUAUAAAUAUAAUCUUUGGAUGGAGCUUUGUAAUAGCACAGUAAUGCAAGAUAUUUACCAAAGUGAAUUUAAUUUCUUUAAAAAAAUUGAAAGUGGAUUCAUAUAAAAGUGCAUUUGUAUGAGAUUUUAUAUUUGUUGUACUGAGAUGACACUUGUAUCAACAAAAGCAUUAUCCUGAACUAAUGUAGAAUUAAAAUACUUUAAAACACCGCAAUGUCUAACCUAGUUUAACAAUUUCAAUGCUAGAAAAUUUUUAAUAAUAAGACACUUUUUCCAAAGCAGUGAGUACAAAGUAAUGUAAAGAGACAUUGUUUAUGAAGAUAUUAUGAUAAUGUUUUAUUUUAUUUAGAAUAAACCAGAGUUGCAAUAAAAAUAUUCUUUCUCAUAUACACAAAGUAUAGGAUAGAAUAUUGUAUAUUAUUAUCAUAAAAUAAAUUUAAAGGUUUAUUGAAAUGUCUAUUUUACUGUGAGUUAAAAAAAAAUCUUCGUGAAAAUUUGUUUUUGUCUGUGCGUAUUCACUGUAGGGCUACAUGGUUCAAUUAUGAUGAAAUAUGACAUGUAGAUCAGGAUCACAAUAGGUGUACAAGAUUUAGCAGUAAAUUAUUUAUGCAUAAAGAGGUAGUGGAUGAGUUAGGAAUUAACAAAAAACCGCUUGGCAGGAAAGACAAGUCAUCUCUUAACAUUCGUUUCCUAUAGUAAAAUGUUCACUUGUAGUUAAUUUCACUGAAGAUCUAAAAUUAGUUUAGCUGUUAUUAGAUUACAAAAUAACAAGGAAAUAGGGUUAAGUUAAAGUGAAAUGUGCCAUACUCUUAAUCUGUCAAAGAUGUUUGGAUUUGUUAUUUUUUAUUUAGUGUUUUAGUUAAGUUUACUUUGUUAUACUUUAUUAUUACUUUAAACAUUUUGUGUUUGUUUUUAUAUAUUAAUAAACAAAUUAAAUAAAACCAA